AUUAACUUUACCUCUAAUUAAGGAAAAUUCAUAGCUCCACAAAUCUUGGAAUUCCAAAGAAAUUGGUCUGAUUCGAUUCAUACUAAGAUGACAAUUUCAGAACAUUCUCAACAACUCAAAAUUCCCUUAAAUUCUUCCAAAAAAUUCAGUGUCACUUCUCCUUCUCCUUCAACCUCAACAAAAAUGGAGUCUUUACCAAAAACCCAACAACCCCAUAAGCGUUAUUGGCGUUUCAGCAAGCAAGAUUUCUUCCCUGAACCGUCUUUUCACAAUUUGGGUUCCUACAAAAAUGCCCUUUCUCAAACCCCAAAUCGUCUCAAGAACCGUCUUUUUGCCCGUUCAUCAGAUAGCAGUGAAUUGGUUGAGCUUAAGAAAGAAUCGGAAAAUGAAAUGAAAUUAUGUCUGACUUGGUGGGAUUUAAUUUGGCUUGGAUUUGGAUCUGUUGUUGGUUCAGGGAUUUUCAGCAUUACGGGUCAAGAAACCCGAAAUGAUGCUGGACCUGCUAUUGUGCUUUCGUAUGCAAUUUCUGGUUUAUCUGCUUUGCUUUCUGUGUUUUGUUAUACUGAAUUUUCUGUUGAUAUUCCGGUUGCUGGUGGGUCUUUUUCGUUUUUGAGAAUUGAGUUGGGUGAUUUUGUUGCGUUUAUAGCUGCUGCUAAUAUUCUAUUAGAGGCUAUGGUGGGUGCUGCUGGGUUAGGACGUUCAUGGUCGUCUUAUUUUGCUAGUAUUAUUAAGAAUAACCCGGAUUUUUUGAGGAUCAAGAUUGAUUCUUUUGUAGAAGGGUUUAAUUUGUUGGAUCCAAUAGCUGUUGUGGUUCUUGCACUUGCUAAUGGGGUUGCUAUGACUGGGACAAAGAUGACAUCUACUUUGAAUUGGGUAAGUUCUAUAAUUAGUGCUGGUGUGAUUGUUUUUAUUAUAAUUGUUGGGUUUGUUAAUGGGAAGACUUCAAAUUUGGUGCCUUUUUUCCCUUUUGGGGCUGGAGGGGUGUUUAGAGCUGCAGCAGUUGUGUAUUGGUCGUAUACUGGUUUUGAUAUGGUUGCGAAUAUGGCUGAGGAGACAAAGAGGCCGUCGAGGGAUAUACCGUUAGGGUUGCUUGGUUCGAUGUCUAUGAUUACUGUUGUUUAUUGUUUGAUGGCGUUGGCAUUGGCAAUGAUGGUUAAAUAUACUCAAGUGGAUGUUAAUGCAGCUUAUUCAGUUGCAUUUGAAGGCAUAGGUAUGUAUUGGGCAAAGUAUUUGGUGGGGAUUUGUGCACUUAAGGGAAUGACUACUAGUAUGCUUGUUGGGUCAUUGGGACAAUCUCGAUACACAACUCAGAUUGCAAGAGCACAUAUGAUUCCCCCGUGGUUUGCUUUGGUUCACCCGAAAACUGGAACACCUAUUUAUGCUACACUCUUGACAACUAUAACUAGUUGCAUUCUUGCUCUGUUCACGAGCUUGGAUGUCUUGUCAAGUGUGUUCUCAUUUAGUACACUUUCCAUUUUCAUGCUUAUGGCUGUUGCAUUGCUUGUUAGGCGAUACUACGUUACCGAUGUUACUUUGAAGCAUGAUUUGGGUAAAUUUCUUCUUUGUUUGUUCAUUGUUUUUGGUUCAUCAAUUGGGGCAACAGUUCUUUGGAGUACUGAUGUAAAAGGUUGGGUUGGGUAUGCUGUGACUGGCAUUUUGUGGUUGUUGGGCACUUCAGGGAUGGCGCUACUUCCAAAACAAAGAAUUCCUAAAGUUUGGGGUGUACCUCUUGUGCCAUGGGUACCAUCAUUGUCAAUUGGGAUGAAUAUAUUUUUGAUAGGCUCUUUGGGUAAGGCGGCAUUUUAUCGGUUCUUCAUAUGCAGUGCUGUGAUGCUAAUUUACUACGUGCUUGUUGGUGUCCAUGCAACAUAUGAUAUAGCUCAUCCCGAUAAGCAGAAGUCCGUUAAUGAAGAGGAAAAAGAAAGUUCUGAUCAAGUGUUAUAGUUGGUAUGAUCUUUAGACUGAUCCAUGAACUUUUGCAGUUAUUUGGUUUUAGAUUCUCUAGGAAUCGAAUGUACAGCUAAUGAUGUUGGCAAAGUAACUGAAUGUUCCUUUUCUUUUUCCCCUGAAUGUUUAAAGUUAUUUUUCCAGUUAUUGCUGAAAUCCC